AUGGUUUCUAAAUUCAGGUGCCCUGGGCCUCUGCAACCGGCCUACUCGGCGGGGUGGGCCUUGAGGGCCCUGGACCUCGGCGGCUACCGGGCUGUGGGCCGCCUGGUCCUCUCCGCGUGUGGGCGAUUUGGGCUUUGUUUCGGCCUGGGCCUUUGUGAUCAGUCUGUGGUCAGGUUGGGCCUCUCGGCAGGCUUUGGCCUCAGUGGGCGUUCCGCAGGGGGCCGAGGCACUCGCCGGCACUGUGCGGGGAUUGGGAGCCGCAUGCAGGAAAAUAAAAAAUAUUUCAAGCGUAGUGAACUUGCAAAAAAAGAAGAGGAGGCAUAUUUUGAAAGAUGUGGCUACAAGAUACAGCCAAAAGAAGAGGACCAGAAACCUUUAACUUCAUCAAAUCCAGUAUUAGAACUUGAACUAGCAGAGGAAAAAUUACCCAUGACUCUCUCUAGGCAAGAGGUUAUCAGGAGAUUGAGAGAAAGAGGAGAACCAAUCAGGUUAUUUGGAGAAACUGAUUAUGAUGCUUUCCAACGUUUAAGAAAGAUAGAGAUCCUUACACCAGAAGUUAACAAGGGAUUGAGGAAUGAUUUGAAAGCAGCUUUGGAUAAGAUUGAUCAGCAGUACCUCAAUGAAAUUGUAGGUGGUCAAGAACCUGGAGAGGAAGACACACAGAAUGAUUUGAAAGUUCAUGAAGAAAACACCACUAUUGAAGAACUGGAGGCAUUGGGAGAGUCUUUAGGAAAAGGUGAUGACCACAAAGACAUGGAUAUCAUUACUAAAUUCCUCAAGUUUCUUCUUGGAGUUUGGGCUAAAGAAUUGAAUGCCAGAGAAGAUUAUGUGAAACGAAGUGUACAGGGUAAACUGAACAGUGCUACUCAAAAACAGACUGAGUCAUACCUCAGACCACUUUUCAGAAAGUUACGGAAAAGGAAUCUUCCUGCUGAUAUUAAGGAAUCAAUAACAGAUAUUAUUAAAUUCAUGCUACAGAGAGAAUAUGUGAAGGCUAAUGAUGCCUAUUUGCAGAUGGCCAUUGGAAAUGCCCCUUGGCCCAUUGGUGUCACUAUGGUUGGUAUCCAUGCCAGAACUGGUAGAGAAAAGAUUUUUUCCAAGCAUGUCGCACAUGUUUUAAAUGAUGAAACACAGCGGAAAUAUAUUCAGGGAUUGAAGAGGCUCAUGACCAUUUGCCAGAAGCACUUUCCCACUGAUCCAUCAAAAUGUGUGGAGUACAAUGCCCUGUGA